GCGCUGAAAUGAGCAGCUCAUCUUGAUAAGUCAUAAGUGAGAGGGUACGGUGCUCGUACUUCGCUUCCAAUAAGAAGCUUCCGCCGGCGAUUGUUUCUCUGACUCGUCGGAGAACUAAACAACUUUUGAACUUCCGGCAACGUUACGAGUUGAGUUGAAAGGUGGAAAGCAGAGAUCUUUUUCAAGGUUGCCGUUUAGGUGUGAAAAUGGGAGUGAAAGUUGCGAUUACGUGUUUACAUUGGUCGAAACCUUCGGCAGCUCAGUCGCCGUCUUCUUCUCAUGCCCUCACCACUCCUACUUGGAAAAGGCGUAAUUUUACAAGCAAUGAAGGUGGUCUCACAUGGCGGUGUGUGCAUAAUAUAUUGAACCGGUCGGCUGUACUCGGACCCAAUUCAAUGACGCUUUUCAGGUCCUUCUCUACUGAGCUGCCGAAACGCAGAGCCCGAACACUCACACGCUCCUGUAGCGACACCUUAGACUCGUUCUCAGACGAGGAGUUUUCCAAGAAAAUUCAAGAAUUGGCUCUGAGGUUUCAGUUGUCUGGGGAUGAGUAUGAAGAUUCGGACAAGGAAGAAUUGGUGGGUGAUUCUAGGCAAGCACAGUAUGAGAGCAGUGGUUCCAUGUUUUUAGAGAAUCGGAAGGUUUUUGAUCCAUUAGAGCCACCGGAUUGGGUUGAGAGGGAGGAGAUUAUUCCAGAAUGGAAGGCAAAUAGUGUGGAUCUCCCCUUCUCUCUUAGGAUUAUAAGGAGAAAAAAGCAGUGGGAAGAGGGGUUUCGCGAAGAAGGGGAGUUAGAGUUAGAGUUAGCCUCUUGCUCUGUGAAGAGAGCGUUUUCGAAUAUGGUGUUCAUAAUCCGGGAACUCCAUAGCUAUACCUUGCAGAUGAGAGAAAUGUUGUGUUAUGAAGAUUUGCAGGGGGUUUUGGUGAGGGUUCAGAAGGAGAUGCAUGCCUCUUUUGUGUGGUUAUUUCAACAAGUGUUCUCUCGCACCCCGACUUUAAUGGUGUAUGUGAUGAUACUCCUCGCCAAUUACAGUGUCCAUUCCAUGGCAAUGGCUGGUGGUGCUCCUCCCAUUGCAGCCACCGAGGAGGCGGUUUCUGUGAUGGAAGAUCAAACUAAUGCAAAACAAAAGUUCGAUUCUUCUUCCAUCAAGACCUUUUCGGUGUCCUCUUCUAAUGGGAAAACUACCUCUAUUGGUGGAAGCAAUGGUGGCGGUGGAAAAUUCAGGCCAACCAAAGGCGCUACAGAUGAUGAUGGGGGGACGUUUAACUGGCGAAGAGUCACAAUUGGAGGAGAAGAGUCGGUUUCUGGUCAGGUUUCCCGGGAAGAAGAGUUGAGGUUAUGGAAUUCUAUUGAAGAGGAGGCUUCAAGAUUGCAGUCUGAAUUAAGAGAUGAAGGUUUGGAUCAUGAGACCAUGCUCGGAUUCGUAUCGCCAAUAAAUGCAAAGAUCGAAUCAGAUGAUUAUACUGAUUAUUUCAGAACUGAGCUGCUGUAUCAAACCGGACUUGCCCAAGAACCAAACAACACUCUUUUGCUUGCCAAUUAUGCUCAGUUUCUAUUCCUCAUUGCCCAAGAUUAUGACAGAGCGGAGGAAUAUUUCAAGAGAGCAGCUGAAGUGGAGCCUAAGGAUGCAGAAGCAUUGAACAAAUAUGCGACGUUUUUGUGGCAGGCGAGAAACGACCUCUGGGCUGCAGAACAGACCUACCAGGCAGCCAUGGAUGCCGACCCAAACAACCCCUUCUAUCCUGCCAAUUAUGCUCAUUUCCUGUGGAACACGGGCGGCGAAGACACCUGCUUUCCUCUUGAUAACAAUGGCUAAACCCAAACCCGAAACCAAGAAAAAUAUAACCAUACACAUAUAUAGUUGUUCACUUGUUCAAUAUGUGUUUUUAUGAAAGUUUUUGUAUCAAAGUAAAGUCGUUUUCACAUGGGCUGCUGCCAGGCUUGGCGUUUUCUCUUUGGUGUUUCAGAUUUUUAUAAGCUGAAAGCUGGAAGAUAGGGUCGCGUUUUAUUUAUUGUAAGGCAGACCAAACAAUUUUAGUGGGUUUUUCGGAGGAUGGCUGUUUUGUCGGCUUCUCUCUCGUCUAUCUCUCCGAACACGUCAUUUUCAGCUGCAUGAUUUGACGAUCUGAAAGUGCCACUGCCAAAGAGGACCACUCUCUGCUUGGAUUUUUUUUUUUUUUUUUUUUUUUUUUUUUGGGCACAGUUACUUGAGUUGUAUGUUCUUUGUAAUUAAGUUGCAACAGAAUCAGAUGGCCAAACUGUAAUUAAUCGAACGGUGAUAGAUGCUUUAAACAAAAUUUUGAAACCAA